AUGGAUCUAAUGUUUCUUGUGUUCAUUCUUUUAAAGGGGCCUCGCUACAGUCUUCGUUGUUGCACGAAUGGGCAGGUCCGUCCGGGUACGAUAGUGAGGGACGAGGCGGGGCGGGUGGUGGGGGACCUGUCGAGCGAGGGCGCGAUGUUCGUGGCGGCCAGGGGAGGCGCGGGCGGCAGGGGCAACAAGUUCUUCCUCACCGACACACAGCAGGCACCGGACAUAGCUGAGUUCGGGGCUAUAGGGGAGAGCAGGGUAUACUCCCUGGAGGUGCGGUCGAUGGCCCACGUGGGGCUGAUAGGGUUCCCCAACGCCGGGAAGAGCACCCUGCUGCGAGCCCUCACCAGGGCGAGGCCAACAGUAGCCCCCUACCCGUUCACCACCCUCCGUCCCCACAUCGGCAUGGUGCCUUAUGACGACUACGAGCAGGUCGCGAUAGCAGAUCUUCCCGGUUUGAUUCCUGGCUCGCACAAGAAUUAUGGACUCGGGGUCCAGUUCCUGCAGCACGCCGAGCGCUGCCGCUGCCUGCUGUUCCUGCUGGACGGCGCCUCAGAACCGCUGCAGCAGCUGCGGGCGCUGGAGCACGAGCUGCGCAUGUACAGCGCCGCGCUGGCGAAGCGGCCCCGGCUGCUGGUGCUCAACAAGCUGGACCUGGGGGGCGUGGCGGGGCGGUUGCACAAGUUGCGGCCCUUCGGCGACGCGGUGGCCGUGUCCGCCAAGUGCGGCACCAACCUGGCUCAGCUGCUGCGCCUGAUCAGGGCGAUGUACGACGCGGGCGGACGA